GAAAAAGGAAGUACGUACCGGUGAAUGUGAAACUAUUUCCCGCGAGAAGAACGCAUCGAAAGAGAAAUUUCAUCAAGCUUUAUCAGUUCACUUAUGUUGCAUAAAGACGCAUUCGGGUCCGUGUGAAUCGGUCGCAAUGGUUUUGUGACUGCAAAGUGUAACGCUGUCAGGGCAAAGUGAGGGUCUGUGACUGAAAGCAUGGACCGGGAGUGCAGUUCACUGCUGCCCCAGGUCUGUGAGCUGCUGGCGGCCUCGGGCUGCUCCCUGCCCGAUGACACCAGCCUGGAGAAACUGCUGGACUGGUUCACAGCGCUCACAAAGGCCGGCGAAUCUCUGCUGGAAACCUGUCCAUAUCUCCUUGAAUUUAUAUCCACUGUGAUCCACAACACGGCUGCAGACCCCAGCAUCCUGUCAUUCACCAUCAGACUCGCUGGUUUAAUAGCUGCAACCGAGGAUGGCUUCCAAGCUCUUCAGGAGUCCUCUGUUCUGGACCUGAUCGGUAACGUUCAGCACUGGCAGGAAGCAGGCCUCUGGGAGGAUCCAUGCAUCAGGAUCGGCUGGGUCCAGGGCUUUAGGGCCAUGCUGCAGCACCCUAAAGCUCUCGGUUUCUUUUCACAAGCAGGGUCCAUUGAGCCGCUCCUACAGCUCCAGACAGACUCCAGUCUGUUUGUCGUCUCAGCUGCCAAUCAGAUGCUUCUCCACGUUCUGCUUCUCUGUCAGAAUGUCUCAUCUGUUGAAUGUAAAGUGAAACAUAAGAAAGAAGUUGAUAAUGAGGGGACGCAGAGCUCCAUCUCAGACUUGGAACGUUUGGCUGUCACAGUGGAAAAGAGUCAAGACCUCUCUGAUGUUGUGGCAAAGAUAUUGGAGUACCUAAAGAAGUCUUUGGUUCCCAAAGAAACGAUCCAGCUUCAUCAGACUCUACAGAGCCUCAAACUCCUGGCCCUGCUGCUCGACCGGGUCCGGCCUCCUCUACGUGGCACGCUGCUGCACACAGUCUCCGACUCUCUGGAGGAGCUGGUGGCAGCUGACCACAGUCAGCUCACAGUACCUCUCAUGGAUGUCAUUGUUGCUGCAUACAGCAGCGGCUCUGAAGAGCGCCUCCCUGACCAGCGCGUCGGCCAUCUUCUAUCAUUUAUGCUGAGCAUCAAGAAACCUGCCGACCUCCUUCACGCUGCAGCUGCUUUUCUCCACAGAGGCCAUCAUGACCGUGUCCACACAGCUCAGUGUGUGAGAGUGCUCCUGCUGCCACUCCAGAUCAUGACUGGACACACACUCCUGGACACAAACGCUGCAGUACCUGAGCACCGACGUUCAGUGGCCGAGCAGCUGAAGAGUAAAACCUCCUGCAUCUCCAUAAUCUGUGUCUGUCUAUCAAACACCCCGCAGAUCACACUGAUGGAUCCAGAGUGUGUCCCCUGUCCUCCGCCUGUGAUCGUCGCUGCCGUUGUGUCAUCAUUGAGGCUGUGCAGUGGAGACUCGUCCUCUUCACCCGCUGGCUGCAGUGAAGCUUUCAGGAAUAUCGUUGGAAAUAAGAAAGUCCAGAAAUGUGGACUUGAGGCUCUGAUAGGUCUCACUAACUGCCCAGGGGUGAAGGUCAAGUUGAAUGAAGUGAUCACUCUUCUGGUGCAGUAUCUGGAAAAUCCUGAUUCUGAACCCACCGUGCUCCAUAAGUCCUACCAGACUCUAGUUAAGUGGAUGACUGUUUGCACAGACGUCUCCUCGAUAACGGAGCAGCACAGGAAUGAUCUGCUGAGGGUCGUGACAAAGCGUGUGUGUGACAUGCGCUGGGAGGUGAGAGACUCGACCCUGGAGUUCCUGGGACACCUGGCCGGGGUGCAGGUCGGCCAGACGUGCAGCGCGUCGGAGGCUCUGCUGGGCGGCAGCAGCUGCACCAUCCCCCUCCUCAGGGAGGCGCUGCACGAUCCAGAGAGCUACGUGAGAGCCAGUGCAGUGUGCGCGCUGGCUCAGACACUGACACGCAGCUGGCAGCAGGGGGCAGCACUCACCGAGGAGCAGACGGAAAUUGUGGGCCGGCUGCUGGAAAUCCUCUCUGAGGACACCGAGGGGUUUUCCAGACGAGCUGUUGUGCGUUACUUCAUCGUCUGGUACUCCUCACACUCGCCUUCAUCCUCACCCUCGUCGUCCUCGUCCUCUCUCCUCAUGCGCUCCGUGCGCUCCGUCCUCUCACGAGGCAGUGCCGAUCUGGACUGGGAGGUCAAAGUUCACACGCUGCAGCUGGCCGAGCUGCUGCUGGCCAAAGCUUUUUCUGGUCGCUGGGGUCAAACCGGGAGUUUGGCCGUCCCUCCGGCCCCGUAUGCUGUGACCUUUGGCCUGGCCCGCACUCCUUACACACACAGCGGGACACACACAGAGGGAGCGGAGUCGGACUUGGUCAAUGCGCUGAACACCGCGGUCGAUCAGGGAAUCAUCACGGCGUUGCUGAGCAGCCUGGUCGACUGUGAUCGGCCCGUGGGGGUGAAAGCCUGUCAGCUGCUCAUCGCACUCAGAGACGCGGUCUGUCUGUCGCCACAGGGGGAAGUGAAGGCAGCUGCUGCUGUGGAAGACGUUACUUUUGAGCUUUCUGGUCGUGGAUGGGCCAGAGAAAUUAGAAAAUUACUGGCAGUGAAGAAUCAGGCUGAAGAGGCAGACGCCACUGCUCCAAGAGGCUUAAAUGGAGUCGAUGGGACCGAUCCCGCAGCAGAGGAAGAGAUGAGUGUCUCUGCGAGUGUGUGUGAAGUGUUGAGGGGUCUGCAUUUAGACGAGAGGCUCGAAAUCCUGACUCAGAGCAGCGACCACGUUCAGAACUCUCCGCUCUCGCUGCUGCAGGACAUUCUGACUGCAGGACCGUCCCACCGACGGACGGACUCACAACCAGGAGAGGAGGUCAUAGUGGACUGCUACUGACAUGCAGACGCACAAACACGGUGCCUUCGCCUAUGAACACACUGAAGUCAAGGUGGCCUUGGAUUUGUUUGGGACUUGAAUCAAGUAAUGCAGAAAAUAGCCACAAAGUAGAUAAUUAUGAUGAAUAUGUUGCCUAAAUAUUGUUUUUUA